AUGGGCCCAUUCCCGGUACUGCCUGGGCAGCCUGCCGGGGUGCGGCCCGGGAAACCCCUGAUUCUCGGCUCCACUCGCAAGCUCUACGAAAAGAAAAUCUUCGAGUACGAGACUCAGAGGCGAAGGCUCUCUCCCCCGAACUCGUCCACAUCCUCAUACUCCUAUCGGCUCUCCGACUCAGAUUCGGCAGCAUCGGUGGACUCGGAUAUGUAUGAUCUGCCCAAGAAAGAGGAUGCCUUACUUUAUCAGAGCAAGGGCUAUAAUGAUGACUACUAUGAGGAAAGCUACAUGAGCACCAGAACUUACGGUGAGCCUGAUUUUGCGGGCACACCCAAGGGCUUCCGCCAGCCCUCGGCUUCACUCGCAGAUGCUGACACCUUUCACCACCAGGUGCGUGAAGACAAUUUUUUCUCUUCAGAAGAGGAUGGCAAGAAUAGGGAACGCCCUGUGUAUGGCCGGGACAGUGCCUACCACAGCAUCGCACACUAUCGCCCUGUUUCCAACAUCACCAGAAGCUCUCUGGGCAUGUCCUAUUAUCCCACCACCUCCUCCACCUCUUCCAUGUCCUCAACUUCAUCUUCUCCCCCCUCGUGGCUUGCCCGCCGAGCCAUCCGGCCAGAAAAGCAGGCCCCUGGGGCUGGUCUGGGCCCGGACCGCCAGGUCCCACUCUGGGGCCAGCUGAUCCUUUUUGUGGUGUUUGCUGCCUUCCUGCUCUUGGUUUACUACUCCAUGCAGGCUGAGGACAGCAACCCCUUCUAA